AUGCACAUAGGCUCGUCGCUCUGGUUGCACCUCACCAUCGCCCACCGCAUCGAUGUCGCCCCUGUUCAUAGCCGCAGCGUCCUCUCUGUCCGCGUUUCAAAGAUUUUAUUCUAUUACUUCGUCCCAUUCGCUUCUUCUCCCCGAUCCCCUUCCGUCCCACACACGCACUCCCCUCCAUCGCUCACGCAUCCUCGCUCCAACGAGCACGCUCCCUCCCCUCCCGUCUCCUUUGCGCAAUCCCCAUUGUCGCGCACGCUCGCUUCCCAGGGUUGCGGAUUACAAAUUCCUUCCGUCGCCCACGCGCACUCCGUGCCGCCGCGCGCACUCCCUUCCGCCGCCCCCGCCCAAGACCUUCCCGUCGCCCACGCUCACUCGCUUCCCAUCGCCUUCGCGCAAUCGUUCCGUCGCCCACUCUCACUCACUUCCGUCGCCUGCGCUCACUCCCGUCGCCCGCGCUCACUCCCUUCCCGUCGCCCACGCUCACACCCUUCCCAUCGCCUUCGCGCAAUCCUUCGGUCGCACACGCUCACCCCCGCUCGUCGCACACGGCCAAUUCCCUUCGUCCCACGCUCACUCCUCCCCGUCGCGCACGCUCUCUCCCCAUCCGUCGCCCACGCUCACUGCCCGCUGGAGUUAGAGUCAGCGCAUGCAGCGUACGACAGGGCAACGGUUUAUUUCCAGGGAUGGGGUGGACGCGAGGUGGAGGAGUGGGGGCGAGUCGUCGUGCUGAGUCGGGGGCGCCGCGACAACGUGGGAGGCACCAUUUCUGCCCCACCCCUUUCCGCCCCAACCUCUUUCCGCCCCACCCCUUUCCGCCCCACCCCUUUCCGCCCCACCCCAUUCCGCCCCACCCCAUUCCGCCCCACCCCAUUCCGCCCCACCCCAUUCCGCCCCACCCCAUUCCGCCCCAACCCAGUCUGCCCCACCCCAUCUCCUCCCCAACCCUUUCCGCCUCACUCCAUUCCGGACAAACGGAAGCGCGUGCUACAGCUGCUGCUGUGCUCGUGCUACAGCUACGCGAGAUGCGGUGCUCUGCGCUGCUCUGGGGCUCUGCGGUGCUGUGCUGUGCUCUGCUUGACGCACACCCAUCCUCUCCUCUCCCCAUCCUCUCCUCUCCCCAUCCUCUCCUCUCCCCAUCCUCUCCUCUCCCCAUCCUCUCCUCUCCCCAUCCUCUCCUCUCCCCAUCCUCUCCUCACCCCAUCGUCUCCUCUCCCCAUCCUCUCCUCUCCCAUCCUCUCCUCUCCCCAUCCUCUCCUCUCCCCAUCCUCUCCUCUCCCCAUCCUCUCCUCUCCCCAUCCUCUCCUCUCCCCAUCCUCUCCUCUCCCCAUCCUAUCCUCUUCCAUCCUCUCCUCUCCCCAUCCUCUCCUCUCCCAUCCUCUCCUCUCCCAUCCUCUCCUCUCCCCAUCCUCUCCUCUCCCAUCCCAGGCGAGCAUGACAGAGGCCCAGACGACCUGCAUGGACGUGCUGCCUUCGCUUGCUCCUGUUUUCAGCAUGUCAAAGGCCCAGACGAGCCACAUUGCAAAAGGGACAGGAAGAUGGAAACACACAAGACUAUAG